AACUCCCUGAAACCUUACGUAUCUAUCCAGUUUUCCACAUAUCCUUGUUGAAACCAUAUUACUCUAAUGAAGACAAAGAAACCACUGAGUUAAUUCAAAAUAUUACAAACGAAACUCUGGAAGAACAAGAAGUCGAAGCUAUACUAGACAAAAGAACGUAUUACCACUAUCUACAGUACUUAGUAAAAUGGAAAGGUCACCCACUAUACGAUGCUACUUGGGAAUCCUUGACUAAUCUUAAAAAUUAUAAAGACUUGGUAAAAGAGUUCAAAAAAACCAGUGAAACUAUUUUAAAUGGAGGAGAGU